AUGGAUCAAUUAGCUCACUUAAAAAUUUCAUCAUCUGGUGGUGGAGAUGAUGAAAUAAAUAAAAACAACAAUAAUAAACAAAAACCAACCACCACCACCACCACAACUACAACAACUACUACCACUUCAUCAACACCAAAAACAACACCAUCCAGAGAUAAUAAUAGAAAUAAUAAUAGAAAUAAUAGAAACAACAACAACAACAACAACAACAACAACAACAACAACACUAAUAAUAGAAACAACAACAACAACAACAACAACAACACUAAUAAUAAUAAUAAUAAUAACAAUAAUAAUAAUAAUAAUAAAUUUAAUAAUAAUAGAUAUAAUAAUAAUAAUAAUAAUAAUAAUAAUAAUAAUAAUAAUAAUAAUAAUAAUAAUAAUAAUAAUAACAAUAGAUUUAAUAAUAAUAACAAUAAUAAUAGAUUUAAUAAUAAUAGAGUUAAUAUUGAAGAAUGGAAAAAUGAUAAAGUAAUAGAAUGGUUAGAAAAGAAUGAAUUUAAUCAAUAUGUUGAAAAGUUUAAAGAAGAACAAAUUGAUGGUAAUACACUAAUAGAAUUUAGUUCAAUGAAUCAAAGUGAUAAAAUAUUUGAAAGACUUGGUUUCAUUCAUAUAGGUCCAAAAAUUAAUUUUCAAAGAAAAUUAAAAGAAUUGGUUUUAUCUUCACAACCACAAAAACAACAACAACGUCAAUCAAAUAAUAAUCAAAAUAAUAAUAAUCAAAAUAAUAAACAUAUUGUUGAUUAUAGUGAUGCAAUUCAUCAUAUUAAUAAUAAACAAGAUAAAGAUAAUAAAAAGAAAUCAGAAUUUGAACCAUUUAAAACUGCUCAUGAAAUGGAGAAUUAUUUAAAAAAGAAAAUCGUUCAAGCAGAUUCUGAUGAAGAUAUUGUUGAAUUAUUAAAUCAUCAAAUUAUUAAUCUUAAAGAUAUCAUUGGUAGAGAUUUCUUACAAUUCUCUGUACAAGAUUUACUGGUGAGAAUUUAUACACAUGAAAAAUUUCAAGGUGGAAUUUUGGAACAGUUUUUCAAUAAAUUAAUUUUCGAAUUAAUAUCAUCUAAAUUCUUUUCAUCAAUUUAUAACUUUCCACAGUACAUUCAAGAGAUUGGUAGUUUGCCACAAUUUAAAGCAUCGAUUGAUUUAAUGGAUUUGGUCUCCUCUAAAUUCAAUGAUAGUAUUACAAUUUUACCAGUUGAAUUGUUUGAAAUUAGAUUCAAUGAAUUGAAUGCUGACACCAAUCAAAGUAGACUAUCCAAUCAAACACUUAAAACAGUUGAACAUAUUAAAGGUUUAAUUAAAGUUUUAAAACAAAAGAAACAAUUAUCAAAACUUAAUACAAUUCAACAAUUAACACAACCAAUUUUCAAUAUUGAUGAAAUUAGUUAUAAGAAUUUACCAAUAGCACCAACUCGUGAUGAAAUUCAUUCAAAGGUAUUACCAAAAUUAAAACCACUUAAAAUUGGUACCUAUUCAUCAUCUGAAGAAUAUAUUGAUACACAAUUUAAUCUAUUAAGAGAAGAUAUGAUUCAUCCGAUUAGAGAAGCUUUAACACUUAUUCAAAAUGGUUCUUCAUCACCUUAUUAUUAUACUGAUGUAAUUUUUAAAGGAUUUACAAAAACUCAAACAUCAUUAAGUUUUUUAAUUGAAUUUAAAUAUAGAAGUAAAAUUAAAUGGGAGAAAUUUUCAAAAUUAUUAAAUGGAUCAUUGUUAGUAUUAUCAUGUGAUAAUUUUACAAAUAUUUUAGUUGCAACCGUUGAAAAAAGACCAGAUAGAGGUGAAGAAAAACAAAUUUCAAUUUCAUUUUAUGGUGAUAAUCAAGAGAAUCAAAUGGAUUUAAUGUAUUUAUUUGAAAAUUCAUUCUCAAUGAUUGAAUCACCAACUUAUUUCGAAUCUGUAAAGAAUGUAUUAUCAUCAUUACAAAGAAUUAAUUCCGAUGAUUUACCAUUUCAAUCAUAUCUUUUGAAAUGUUCAGGUCAAGAGAUUAUUCCAAAGUAUUUCCAAGAUCAUCCAGUUAUUAAUUUACAAACUACAUUUGAUAAUACUGAACGUAUCAAUAUUAGAACAUCGGAAUUUCCAGAGAGAUUGGGUACAUUGGAUCCAAGUCAAAUCGAAGCAUUUGAACAUUGUUUGAAAUCAGAGUUAUCUUUAGUUCAAGGUCCACCAGGUACUGGUAAAUCUUAUAUUGGUGUGAAAUUAUUCGAAGUGAUUCAUAGACAUUUAAAAGAGAAUUCAGCAAAGAAUGCUCCAAUAUUGGUUUUAUGUUAUACCAACCAUGCCUUGGAUCAAUUUUUGGAUCAUAUCAUUACAAACGUUACAAAGAAAGUAAUUAGAGUCGGUUCAAGAUCUCGUGAUGAAAGAAUGAAAGAUUAUAAUAUUCGUAAUUUCAUUCGUGCUGAAAAAAGACAGUUUGAAUACUAUAGACAAAGAGAUGAUGUAGUUGCAAUACUUAAAGAGUAUUUAGAUACUUUUUCAAAUGAAUUAUCAUAUGAAGAUUUUUUAAAAUUUGCUGGAAAUGAUUAUAAUAAAGGUCAAGAUGAUGAUGAUGGCGAUGAUGAUGAUGAUGAUGAUGAUGACAAUGGUGGUGAUAUAAAAUGCUCAAAUAUGAAUUUUAAUAGAUGGGGUCAAUGGAUAAAAUCAAUAAAGAAAAAGAUUAAAGAAGAUUUAACUUUAUUAAAAGUACCGAAAUCAUUAAAACCUUCAAUUAAUGAAAUUGAAAAUGAAGAUGACGAAGAUGAUGAAGAUUUAGUUGAAACCUUAUUAAAUGAAAGAAGAUUUGAUUAUGGUAAUAUUUCAGGUGGUAGUGGUAUUACUGCUCAUGAUAUUUCAGAAUAUGAUAUUCAAAGUAUUGUUACAAUGACAAGAUUAGAGAAAAGAGAUUAUAAAGAUAUUCAAGACAUUUUCGAUAUUAAAGAAAAUGAUAGAAUUUAUUAUUAUCGUUAUCUUUUAAAUAAAAAGAUUAGACAUUCAUUGAAAACCAUUCAAGAUUAUGCAAAGCAAUAUAAAGAGCUAUCUGAUACAAUCUUGGAUUAUGAAAAUAAAGCCUACAUUAGAGCAUUAUCAUCAGUUAAUGUUGUUGCUGCUACAAUUACAGGUGCAUCUCGUUUGAAGAGAGUUUUCGAUUCAAUCAAUUCAAAAUGUGUAAUCAUUGAAGAGGCAGCUGAAGUAUUGGAAGGUCAUAUAGUUUCAGUAUUACCAAAAACUAUUGAGCAUUUAGUAUUGAUAGGUGAUCAUGAACAAUUGAAACCAUCAUGUGCAGUCUAUCAAUUGGCAGAGAAAUUCCAAUUGAAUGUUUCAUUAUUUGAAAGAAUCAUGAAGAAUGGUGGUGCACAUAGACAAUUAUCAAUUCAACGUCGUAUGGUACCAAAUAUUUCACAAUUCAUUCAUCCAAUCUAUCCAAAUCUUAGAAAUCAUCCAGAGGUUUUAAUAAGAUUCGCAACUGAAUCAACCAUUAAAGGUAUUCAAAAGAAUAUCUUUUUCUUGGAACAUACAAUACCAGAAUCAUCACCAACUGAAUCAACUAGUAAAUCAAAUCUUUUCGAAGCUGAUUAUGUGGUUGGUUUAGCUGAUUAUCUAUUGAAACAAGAAUAUAAACCAACUGAUAUUGUCAUAUUGACACCAUACACUGGUCAACUAUUAAAGAUUAAAAAUCAAAUUAGAAAUAGAAAACAUGAACUACUCUCAAAAGUACAAGUACGUACAGUGGAUCAAUAUCAAGGUGAAGAAUGUAAUAUAGUCAUAUUAAGUUUAGUUCGUUCAAAUGAACGUGGUGAUAGUGGUUUCGUUAAAAUUAAGAAUCGUAUCAAUGUUGCCAUUUCUCGUGCUAGAAAUGCAAUGUAUUUGGUUGGUAAUAGUGAUCUAUUGAGAAAAGCAAAUCCAAUUUGGGAAAAUAUGUUUAAAAUUCUAUCUGAACCAUCCGUUAAUGCCAUUGGUCCAAUCUUAAAGCUUAGAUGUGAAAAUCAUAAAGAUCAAAUCACAAAUAUCACCUCUGGAAAAGAUUUUGCAAAUGUACCACAAGGUGGUUGUCUUUUAAAUUGUUCAACUCGUUUGGAAUGUGGUCAUCAAUGUGGUUUAGCUUGUCAUAUCUUUGAUCAAGAUCAUAUCAACAUUAAAUGUACAAAACCAUGUGAACACAUUCAUCAAAAGUGUGGUCAUACAUGUAAGAAAACCUGUUCCGAUGAUUGUGGUCUAUGUGAAGUAUUGGUUGAUCGUGAUCUCCCAUGUGGUCAUAAAAAGAAAUUGGCUUGUAACAUUGAUCCACUUCAAUAUAAAUGUCAAGAACCAUGUCAAAAACAAAGAAGAUGUGGUCAUAAAUGUGAACUCAAAUGUUCAGAAUAUUGUGAAAAGAAUAAUUGUAAAGAGAAAGUUGAAAAAAAACUUCAAUGUGGUCAUAUCGAAACAAAAGAAUGUUAUAACAAUAGUAACGUUUGUAAUGCCAAAUGCAAAGAUAUCUUACCAUGUGGUGAUCCUUGCUCUCAAAAAUGCAAAGAUCAUAAAACAGCUCAAUUUGGAAUUCGUAGUCAUCCACCUUGCUCAAAGAAAGAAUGUACAAGAGAAUUGUUCUGUGGUCAUAGAUGUAAUAGUCAACAUGCAUGUAGUUCAGGUUCUUGUGGUGAUUGUAAAAAGAAAUGUCUAAAUGCUUGCACUCAUUCAGUUUGUAAUACAGGUUGUUCAAAACUUUGUAACCCAUGUAGAGAGAAAUGUAAACGUGGUUGUAUUCAUGUUGGUAAAUGUAAAAACCUUUGUAAAGAACAAUGUUCCAUCAAGAAUUGUGAUCAAAGAUGUACAAAAAAAUUACCAUGCAAACAUCAAUGUAUUGGUUUAUGUGGUGAAAAAUGUGUUUCAAUUUGUAGAAUAUGUAAUCCAGAUUAUUUAGAACCAAUCACUCGUAUGAAGUUAAGUGAAUUCGAUGAAAAUGAUUGUUUCAUUGAACUUCAUAAAGGCCAUGUCUUCCUCGUUGACAACUUGGAUACCUUUAUGAAUAUUAAAGAUGAAAGUGGUAAGAUAGUUCAUAAAAAGUGUCCAUCAUGUAAUAUGAUCAUCUCUGCUAAAGAUGCUCCAAGAUAUAAAGAUAUCAUUAACAAAACUUGGAAUCAAAUAGAUUCAAUUAAAAGAAAAUUAAUGGAACGUGUAACAAAAGAAGAAACUGAUAUGGUUGUAAAAGCAAUGGGUGGUGCUGCUGGACAUUGGUUCGUUUGUGAAAAUAAACAUACAUAUUAUAUUGGUGAAUGUGGAGGAGCAAUGCAAAUAGGAAACUGUAUUGAGUGUAAAGCUAAAGUUGGAGGCACCAAUCAUUCACUAUUACCAAAUAAUAAACAUUCUGACAUUGAUGGUUCAAAUAAUCCUUUGUAUAGACCAUUCAUUCAACCACCAGAAUUUGAUUAG